CACUAAAAUGGCGUCUCACUGUUAAAUCGACACACAGAACACCACCAAGAACCAGAGAUUCCUCCAUCUCCGCCUCCCCCCCCCCCUCCCCACACCAUAAAAACCGAAGUUGGUGUUUUUAAUUCUGUUGCAAGUUCUAGUAUUCUCUUUGAAAAUCUUCAAGAAAAUGGCUUCGAUUUUUCAAGGUGUCGGAGCUGCAACUGCGCUCUCGUCCUCUACCUCAUUUGACACCAAGAAGUUCCAUUUAUCUUCCCGCAGAUCCUUUUCAGUGAGGAGAGCGAGUUUUUUUGUGGUGAGAUCUGAUGGUGCCAAGAUGGACAGUGGAUUGAACCGGAUAGGUGGCAGAGCUGACCAAUUGGUUACAAAUGCUGUUGCAACAAAGGCUGAUACCCCAGCAGCAUCAACUGCAUCUAAGCCUGGUCAUGAAUUAUUACUCUUCGAAGCUCUCCGAGAAGGUUUGGAAGAAGAAAUGGAAAGAGACGCCCAUGUAUGUGUCGUGGGUGAAGACGUGGGCCAUUAUGGCGGCUCAUACAAGGUGACAAAAGGACUUGCUGAUAAAUACGGUGAUCUGAGGGUCCUCGACACCCCUAUUGCCGAGAACUCAUUUACUGGAAUGGGAAUUGGAGCUGCCAUGUGCGGCUUAAGGCCAAUUAUCGAAGGAAUGAACAUGGGAUUUCUCCUCCUUGCUUUUAAUCAGAUCUCCAACAACUGUGGUAUGCUUCACUACACAUCUGGUGGUCAGUUCAAAAUUCCAGUGGUCAUUAGAGGACCAGGUGGAGUUGGGCGGCAGCUUGGAGCCGAGCAUUCCCAACGUCUGGAGUCAUAUUUCCAGUCCAUUCCCGGAAUCCAAAUGGUUGCAUGUUCAACUCCUUAUAAUGCAAAGGGACUAAUGAAAGCAGCUAUUCGAAGCGACAACCCUGUCAUACUUUUUGAGCAUGUUUUGCUCUACAACCUUAAGGAACGUAUCCCAGACGAGGAAUACGUUCUAAAUCUUGAGGAAGCCGAAAUGGUCAGACCCGGAGAACACGUCACGAUUCUGACGUAUUCCCGGAUGAGAUAUCACGUGAUGCAGGCUGCCAAGACUUUAGUAAACAAGGGUUAUGACCCUGAAGUUAUUGACAUCAGGUCUUUGAAACCGUUUGAUCUUUACACAAUCGGGAACUCAAUUAAAAAGACUCAUCGCGUGCUUAUUGUGGAGGAAUGCAUGAGAACCGGUGGAAUUGGUGCGAGUUUGACAGCAGCCAUCACAGAAAACUUCCAUGACUAUCUGGAUGCACCGAUUGUGUGUUUAUCGUCACAGGAUGUUCCAACUCCGUAUGCAGGGACUCUAGAGGAAUGGACCGUGGUCCAGCCACCCCAGAUCGUGGCAGCAGUUGAGCAGCUCUGCCGGUAAGAAGGCGGCUAAGACCAGCAGAAAUGAGUCUACUCCGUCUUCAUGCUGGUAUGCUGUAGUUUACUUAUAUAUGUUUGUGGUGUUUUCUUUCUAGUUGUCUUGGUUAGAUAUUUUUUUGCUAGACCAGCCAUCCUACUACGAAAUGUAUUGCCGUUGGACAAUACAAUCCAAAUAGGAUGCAGUUAUGAUUUAAUCCGUUUGUUCCGUCUGUCCUCGUUUGAUCUGAUACAUAAUUUAAUAGAAUUUUUUAGUUAAUAAAAAGUUUAGUUUCCGUUGUC